ACUCGGCGUAUCCUCCUUGCGAGAUGUCGAACCUGAUUGCUGCGAUAACCUUUUGGCGAAACUCCAAAAAGGAGAGGUUUUUACAGGAUUACUGCUUGAUGGCGGCCUGGUUAUCACAACUCGUUCCGCUGUGCCGUCAAAAGAGGCAGCAGCAGGCUUGCAUUUGUUGGCGUUCUCGGCUCCCGUUAUACGCAAGAACAAGAAAGGACCUCACGCUACGGCUCAACUGAUCUGCGCUCCCAAACCUCUAUCACCAGAGAGGGCAUUUGCAACAAAUGAGGCGCUCGGUGUCACAAUCGUCGCAUGCGAACACCUGUCCUGCGGAGAGGAACAUGCCUCAGUCGCGUGCAAUGUCUUGUCAUUGUCUCGAAGCCUUGGAAUCGGCUCGAAUGCUUUUCUGCUCGUCUAUUACUUCGCAGCUCUACGUCUUCCACAAGGAAGCUCAUCAAAGAUAUCUGCUGAGAGCAUUCUAUCCACUGCGCUUUCAUGGAAGCUGAAAAAGGGUCGCGUUCUGGAACUCCACAAUUCAAAAGUGGCCUCACAUUCAGUGGAAGCAAGCAAAAUCAGGAUUCAAUUUCCUAGCUCUCGCUCUUUCCUGUCAAGCAAAAACGGCAAGUCAGGUGGCCAGCGUGACUUGACAGUUCCAAGCUGUGUGGUGUUCAACAGCGAUGGUGAAGUUGCCUCCAUAGUGGACCAUGAUGCAAUGAGCAAGGCUCAAGUUCAGGCUACGCCAGUGAGUGCGGCUCUUGAGUGGAUUUCAAGUAUGUAUGACACGACCAGUACCAGCAUAAGGCUUCCUCCCAUCAGCUCUCCCAACGAGAGCAGCACCGGUGAGCAAAUCCUGGCAGAAGCAGCAGUAGAGGAGCGGCUGACAGAACCAGUACCAGGAAAUAGUUCUGACGCCUCUCCAGAAGCAGCAUCUGAAUCUGUGCCCGGUAACUUGGACACAGCCACGGAGCAAAGGGGUGAAGACUCACUGGAGCAGGGUGAUGCAUCAGCUCCUGAUGCUGUGGAUGCAAGUUCACUGACCGAUCAAGUUAACGAGACCAAUGUCACUGCAAACUCUGACAGUGGGGUGGGUGCUGCUAAUUCCACAGCUGAUAAUGAGGAAUGUCAUGCUGUGGAAGUGCCUUCUACUAACCAGAUGGCAGCGGAUGUUGUGGAGAGUGCGCAUGUUGACACCAUUGCUCCCAUGCAAUCCGCUGAGAAGCAGAAGCUAAGUCAUGAAGAGCUAAAAGCACGCAUAAUGGGUUAUGGCAACACGAGCGUUCUGAUGAUGAGACAGCAAGCUCGAGCAGACGUUUCCAGGCAUGUAGAGUUAGCUGGUAUAGUCGCUGGCGUGCAGGCAACGGCAGUUGGAGCCAAAAAUACCUCAUCCAUCAGCUCCUCUGCAGAAGGGAGAGGCUCUGAGGGUGGCUUCAUUGGGGAAGCAGGCAGUAUCUCACGUAAGCCAGCACUCUGGCGAUUUGGAUCGACUGGCCAGCAGGCAGCUGCAGCCACAAUGGCAUCAGAUGCAGCAGGCAACGAGGGAGUCCCUCAGAAGACUGCAUUGAACAACAUGCCAUCCCUGCAAAUGAUCGUGGCUGCUCCUGUAGCAGCAUUUGUGGGAUUGGGGACCAAAAUGAGUGGUGCAAUGGUGGAUCUUGGAAGUGCACUCAGGAAGCACCAAGAGCAUGGAGCUCAGGUGGCUGAAAUGAGUGAAUCGGACAAGAAGAAGCUCCAGGAACAAGAGGUGCGCAGACAAGAUGCAUACAAAAACGCUUCUGCAUCCCUCUUCAAAACGAGUCACCAUCAAGAGCGGCUAUCUACCCUAAACCUGCAAGUCCCCCUACCUGAUAUGGAGAACCCUGAGAACGUGUUACACCUGGAUCAAGCUGCUGACGUUGAGGUUGGUGAUUCGAGGGGUUUGGAGUCACAAGCGAGUGCAGGGACUGGUUGCAACGUGAUGUUUGGAGUAGGAUUUCAGCAAGGUGAUGAGAAGGAUGGAGAUGAUUUCAGCAAAGGGAAGGAGGCCACUGAGGCUAGUGGGGUUGGUUUCAGUGAAGGGAGAAGAGUAUGUGAGCUGGAUGGAGGCCAACAAGGUAUAGGCAUGGAAGGAGGCUCCUAUGCAUGUGAUCAUUCAACAGCCUUGAGCGGAAGCCUCAGUAUAGACUUGUCCAAAGAGAUGAAGGGCGAGCAUUCAUCAGAGAUUGUUGUUGGUGCGAGGUCCAGUGACGGUUCAAGCAAGUCAAGUGAGCAGUCCAUCCACAGCCACUCCAGAGACAGCACCGGCAGCAGCAGCUCAACCGACCAUGUCAAAGAGAAGUGGCCUCUUGCGACCCGAACGAGCACUCAGAGCAUCCCGAUGGGCGCACGGCGUCCACGGGUCAUAUUGGAUGACCACUGGUGGAAGACGAAGCUGGUUGGUGAGGAGCCAGGGCGCCGUUUGGUGGCUGCUCAGCUAGCCAGGGAGGCAAUGCUGAUGCAAGGGGGUUCAGGUAAUGUCUCACGGCUGGAGGGACGCAUUGGGGGACUGGAGGCGCCCACUCCUCUUGCAUCACGUUCCAAUUCUGGAGUCCCACUGGCUAUAAGGAAGGGAGCCAUCACAGCAGCUCUGCAUGAGGAAGGAACGGAUGUGGCUCAGGGCUCCAAUGCUGAUGUUUCCAAGCCUGAGGGGGAAGGAGGAGAUAUUCCUGAUGCAGCUGAUGGUGCAUCUCACGGCCUUGCUGAAAAGUGUGUGACUGACCCACCAGGGGUUGCUGCUGAUGGGGCAAGUGCAUGCAUGGACAUGCUGGAGCACACUGGUGGUGACCAUGGCAUUGGGUUGCAUGGAGCACAAGGGAACUAUUCAGUGGGCAAAGGAUCUGGAACAACGCUAAGUAAGGUUGAAGUCACGCUGCCCAGCACUGUUAAUCAGGCUGAUGUGGCGGUACUUCAGCAGCCAUGCCAGACUGCGAUUGCCAAUCAAGACAACUGUGUGAGCAAGACGGAGCACAAGACCCCAGUGAAGCUAGUCCCUCCUCCGGUGGACAAGAAGCUCCAGUCAGGCUUCGAUGGGCUCAUGCAGGCAGUUGAGUCGCUGGCCACCAUGAGUGUUUCCCGCUCUCCUGGAGCCAAGCCAUGGGCCUCAAGCAACCGAGGAACAGACAAGGGAGCCACCCGCCAGAGCGCGCAGCCCUCAAGCCCCGUGCUGACAUAUGAUGGAGGAAUAACCAGUCAGGGGAAGCGUCAAACUGAGCCGAGGCAAGCUGCGGCCCGGGUCACAAGACAAGCAGCUAUGUUCCCAGCCACUUCUUUUUCCAGCAACAAUCAAAGCUCUUCAAGUGGUCACAGGCUCCCUGCAGUAUCACCAGAGCACACUGAAGAGUUUGCUCACAAGGCAGGGGUGCUGAGCCUGCAGCAGCAGGCAGCGUGGCUGUGGAGCAGUGCACAGCACAUGGCUGCACGGGGCACAAGGGCCAGCUCUGCAUCAAGCGACGGGGACUCCCAGGCCAGGGGUAGCGGUGUGGAGCGUGACAGGCCACAUCCAUUCCCGCCGGUGCUACCGCCUUCCGCAACUCACGCCCGUUCCCCCCUUCCCUCUUCCCGUCUAGUAGUUUGCGCAUCUUCCCGUCGCGGAGGAUCCCGACCUGCGCCGCGCGGGUUUUCCGUGCGCGAGGCGAUGCGCGGAGGGGUGGACUCGGAGGGGCGGCAGUAUGCGUCGGCGGACGAAAUGUGGCGGCAGGAGACGGGGGAACGCGCAGUGAGCGCGGGGGAAGGGGGAGGCGGGGAGGGCGCAAUGGAGGGGGAACUGGGUGGGAAGAAGCGCGAAUGCCCCCACCAUUCCCCUAUUCGCCCCCCUUGCACCACUCUUCCUCCCGCCAACUCGUGCAUCCCAAGGGCGUGCACGUGGGUGCGGAAGGCGUGUUGGGGGGUUACGGUGUCUUUGGAGGCGUCCCGAAGCUCACCUCCUUUUUUAUCCCCCCUUUCCCUCUCCCCCCCACGCCACUCGUACAUGGGCGUGGAGGCGAGUGUGGAUGGCGUGUUGGGGGGAUACGGCGCGGUGAGCUCAACAGACGCGGCAGGCAGCGCGGCCUUCCUGCACGAGGUGUACGGCACUCAGCUCGAAGCUGCCCGCUCACAAGGCCGGCCGCUGGUCGCUCUGGACUGUGGGGCGGGCAUAGGGCGAGUGACCAAGGAAUUCCUACUGCACGUCUUCAACGAGGUGGAUCUAGUGGAGCCGGUACGGCACUUCAUAGAUGCCGCCCGGGACCACCUCUCCUCGCCGCCCUCCUCUGCCGCCUCGCCUGCUUCCGCCCACCGUGCAGUCAACUUCUUCUGCUGCCCGCUCCAGGAAUUCAACCCAGAUUUAGGGCGGUACGACGUGGUGUGGGUGCAGUGGUGCAUCGGCCACCUCACUGACGCCGACCUCAUCGCCUUCCUCCACCGCUGCCUCGCAGGGUUGCGGCCAGGAGGCAUCAUAGUGCUCAAGGAGAACACGUGCCAAAAAGGGUUUGUAUUGGACAAGGCGGAUAGCAGUGUGACGCGCAGCGAUGCAUACUUCAGAGACCUCUUCAAACAGGCCGACCUGCAGCUCCUCAAAUCCAAGGUGCAGCGGGGGUUCCCCUCGGAGCUGUUUGUGGUGAAGAUGUACGAGCUCACACCACAGCCCUCGUCUGACGUGGGAGUCGCCGGGCGCACACGGCAACGCAGCAAAAGGCCCAACCAACCUGCUGUCAUCUAUUGA